UUACCAGCUUACCAUAACCUUACUUUCAAAAUAAUUUUAAAAAGAUUAACUUACAUUACUUCUAUUUCUAUAUAUUUAUUUUAAAAUAUAUAAAUAUAUAUUUUAAAAUAUAUACAUAUGGCAUACUCGCAGAAGCACAAUGGAUUGGUAUUGGUGCCAUACUUCAACAAAGCGGAAUGGGAAUACGUAGCCAAAUGUUUAAUUUCAAAAUCAGAAGAUAAGUUAAUAAAAGCGUUGAGUAUAUUACAAAUAUGGAAACAACGAAUGCCGAUACUUCCUGCUGGUAUUGAGGGGACACUUAGUAUAUUAGAGGCUAUACUCCUGGAUGAAUCUAACAUCCCUGAAAAUUGGCUAGGCAAAGUGAAAGCGAGUGCCUUGACAACGUUUCUAAAUGUGGCAGUUCACAACGAUAAACAAGGUAACUUUAACAAAAAAGUGUCAAAAUCCUUUCCAAAGUGGAUAAUAGAUAUCAGGCACGAUUUUUGUCAUGGGACAAAAGAAAUAUCAAAUGACAAUGUGAAAAUUGCAUUGAAUUUAUGUUUUGAAUGGAUCUUGGAUGAUUAUUGGAAGAAAGAAAACAAUCUGAGGGAUUAUAUUUUGGAAGAUACGGCAGAUACUAAUAUUAUUGAUUGUUUGAACACAUAUAUUAAGCUCACUCUCAAUAUAUACAAAGGAGUGACAAUGGGAGACGAGUUUGAACAUUUGAUGAACAAGGCUAAUUAUUUAGCUAGCAAGAGGUACAAUUCAGAAACAUUAGAUCCUUCAGAUCUUCAUAAAGUUCUCGAAGAAACUUUAAAGCAAGAAUUAUCGAAUCCUAAGAGUAAAAAGUUGAGUGCCAAAGUGGCUGAAGUAUUAGUUGAUAACAAAGCUUUGUUUCAUGUGCAUUUGAAAAAGGAUGAAGUAGCUGGUGUAACAGUAAUCCCUAAACCAUUCAGAGACUUAUGGACAAAGUUAUUAAACUUACUUUUCGAUCACGGAUUCUUAGAGCAAGUUUUAGAUAAACUUUUGGAAGUCAGCUCCGAUUAUGCAAAAGAAAUGGCUAUGACUUUGUCUUGUCGAUGGCUGUGCAAUAUUCUAGAUGGGCUAGUUAAACUAAAAAACAUUGCAAAGUUCGAACAUACUGGGCAGCAACAGAAUAUGACCGAUUUGGAACUUCAACUAGCAGUAAUGAACUUUAAGGCCAAAAUAGAGAAGGAUAUGCCAGAGUUUAGGGACUGUAUCGAAUUUAACUCCAUUCGAGGAUUAAAUACUUUCAGUUUGGUUAAUUUGGAAAGGAAGAUGCUUAAAAAGCCGAACAAACAGUACAUUGCGUUUUUGGAUAAAGUGAUGACAUUUAACGGAUACAACCCAGAAUACAUAAAUUUCAUGAUGUUAUGCGUUAAACAACAGACAGGAAAUAUUCCUGUGGAUCCGUGCAAUAUUCAACGUGAUAUUUAUCAGAUUAAAGAUUUGACAGAUCAUUGGGAACAAAUAGAAAGGAUGGACUUGGACGAACCAGAGAAAGGCGAUGAAGAUAAAAAAGAUACAGGUGUAGAGAUCGUCGAAGCAGUCGCACACGGUGGAAGAUGGAGCAGAGUGACUAAUAUAUCCAAGUAUAAAAAUUGCCCACUCGGCAUAGGUCCAAACCAAAGUGCGGAAAUGAAUCCUCAUAUAAUUAUGGAUUAAAAAUCCAUAGAUAUAGAAUAGAUCCAAUAGUUUAGGUGUAAAUAUUUCUUUGUGAUAUGAAUUGUGUACUAGUUUAAUAAUUUUGUUAAAUAAAAUAUUUAAUAUAA